CUCCAUUCAGACCUCUCCACCACCAUUGACAAGACCAAAGAACGGCCAAACAACCUCAUAGACUAGACUGUAGACCCGCACAUGGCUGGAAGGAGCUACAAGACCAUCAGCAAGAAGCUUGGGAGCUGCUGGAUGGAGCCACACUGACUCCACUAAACACUCUCAACUGGAACCACUACUAACUCAGCAGGAGACGGCCAAAGGAUACCAUGGGAAUUAAGUUUUUGGAGGUCAUCAAGCCGUUCUGUGCGGUUCUACCAGAAAUUCAGAAACCAGAAAGAAAGAUUCAGUUUCGAGAAAAAGUACUAUGGACUGCCAUCACGCUCUUCAUCUUCCUGGUGUGCUGCCAGAUUCCUCUCUUUGGCAUCAUGUCAUCAGAUUCGGCAGAUCCCUUCUACUGGAUGAGAGUCAUUCUGGCUUCCAACAGAGGUACUCUGAUGGAGCUGGGUAUCUCACCCAUCGUCACCUCAGGCCUCAUCAUGCAGCUGCUUGCCGGUGCCAAGAUCAUUGAGGUGGGAGACACUCCCAAGGACCGCGCUCUCUUCAAUGGCGCUCAGAAGUUGUUUGGAAUGAUCAUUACCAUUGGGCAGGCAAUCGUAUAUGUCAUGACUGGCAUGUAUGGUGACCCCUCAGAGAUGGGUGCUGGAAUAUGCUUACUCAUCAUCAUUCAGCUCUUUGUUGCAGGUCUGAUUGUUUUGCUGCUUGAUGAGCUUCUCCAGAAAGGCUAUGGUCUGGGCUCUGGUAUUUCUCUUUUCAUUGCCACCAACAUCUGUGAGACCAUCGUCUGGAAGGCCUUCAGCCCAACCACUGUCAACACCGGCAGAGGUACUGAGUUUGAGGGUGCCAUCAUUGCUCUCUUUCAUCUGUUGGCCACACGCACGGACAAAGUGCGUGCCCUACGAGAAGCCUUCUACAGGCAAAACCUGCCCAACCUCAUGAACCUCAUUGCAACAGUUUUUGUGUUUGCAGUGGUCAUAUACUUCCAGGGCUUCAGGGUGGACCUCCCCAUCAAGUCUGCACGCUAUCGCGGUCAAUACAACACCUACCCUAUCAAACUGUUCUACACCUCCAACAUCCCCAUCAUCCUGCAGUCGGCCUUGGUGUCCAAUCUGUACGUCAUCUCCCAGAUGCUCUCAACACGGUUCAGCGGAAACUUCUUGGUUAACCUCCUGGGAACGUGGUCUGACACAUCUAGUGGUGGACCAGCUCGGGCCUACCCAGUGGGCGGCCUCUGCUACUACCUGUCUCCUCCAGAGUCCUUCGGUUCUGUUUUGGACGACCCUGUCCAUGCCGUCAUCUAUAUUGUCUUCAUGCUUGGCUCAUGUGCCUUCUUCUCCAAGACCUGGAUUGAAGUCUCUGGAUCCUCUGCCAAAGAUGUGGCCAAGCAGCUGAAAGAACAGCAGAUGGUGAUGAGGGGACACAGAGAGACCUCCAUGGUGCAUGAGCUUAACAGGUACAUCCCCACAGCUGCUGCCUUUGGUGGCCUUUGUAUAGGAGGACUAUCUGUCAUGGCUGACUUCCUGGGAGCCAUCGGUUCUGGUACAGGAAUCCUCUUGGCUGUAACCAUCAUCUACCAGUACUUUGAGAUCUUUGUCAAGGAGCAGAGUGAAGUGGGAAGCAUGGGAGCACUGCUCUUCUAGAACAUGCCAACUCUGCCAUACACAACAUAUACACAGAUCCUCCAUACUGCGUCACUCUUGUUUCAUAUUUUUGCACAAUCUGUUGAUUUUGCAGCUGGAAUAGAUUAUUUUACCCUCUCCUUUUUGUCUCUUCGGCUUUGCCAAGAGUUUUUUUUUUUUUUUUUUUUUCUU